AUACUUGUUUUUUUUCUGGCUCUCGGAACCCAGGGAGCCAGGGAGGAAGGCUUAUCUGCCGGGAUUGGGGCAAAUAUCCGAGGGGUGGAGAAGGCGGGACUUCCGCGUCUCGGCGGAAGUGACGCGAUAGUCGCGGCCGCAGACAGGUGGAACGGCAGGUGGGUUCAGGUGCCAGCCUGGCCAGGACCCGGCCGAGGGACUGACGCUUCCGGUGAGCGACAGCGGUAGCUCCCAGGGGCCUGGAGACCCUUGGGGCGGGCUCUGGGGUCCGAGCCCACCGCCCUGGCCUGGAAUUCGCCCCUGUACCUAUUCCCCAUUCCCCUGCCGAGCUGGGCAGUUAGCCAGCCCACCUCAGCCCUCGGAACGAUGUUUUCAGACUUGGAUUAUGACAUCGAAGAGGAUAAACUUGGAAUCCCUACCGUGCCUGGGAAGGUGACCCUGCAGAAGGAUGCUCAGAACCUGAUCGGGAUCAGCAUAGGAGGAGGGGCCCAGUACUGUCCCUGCCUCUACAUCGUCCAGGUGUUUGACAACACCCCGGCGGCCCUGGACGGCACGGUGGCAGCUGGCGACGAGAUUACCGGUGUCAACGGCAGGUCAAUCAAAGGCAAAACUAAGGUGGAGGUGGCGAAGAUGAUUCAGGAGGUGAAGGGGGAGGUGACCAUUCACUACAACAAGCUGCAGGCGGACCCCAAGCAGGGGAUGUCCCUGGACAUUGUGUUGAAGAAAGUAAAGCACCGGCUGGUAGAGAACAUGAGUUCGGGGACUGCGGACGCCCUGGGCCUGAGCCGCGCCAUCCUGUGCAACGACGGGCUUGUCAAGAGGCUGGAGGAGCUGGAGCGGACUGCCGAGCUGUAUAAAGGAAUGACAGAACACACCAAGAACCUCCUACGGGCCUUUUAUGAGCUGUCGCAGACCCACCGGGCCUUUGGGGACGUGUUCUCUGUGAUUGGGGUGCGGGAGCCCCAGCCAGCUGCGAGCGAGGCUUUUGUGAAGUUCGCUGACGCCCACCGCAGCAUUGAGAAGUUCGGCAUCCGGCUGCUGAAAACCAUCAAGCCGAUGCUGACGGACCUGAACACGUAUCUCAACAAAGCCAUCCCAGACACUCGCCUCACCAUCAAGAAGUACCUGGACGUGAAGUUUGAGUACCUGUCCUACUGCCUGAAGGUGAAGGAGAUGGACGACGAGGAGUACAGCUGCAUUGCCCUGGGGGAGCCCCUGUACCGCGUGAGCACCGGCAACUACGAGUACCGCCUAAUCCUGCGCUGUCGCCAGGAGGCCCGUGCCCGCUUCUCCCAGAUGCGCAAAGAUGUGCUGGAGAAGAUGGAGCUGCUGGACCAGAAGCAUGUCCAGGACAUCGUGUUCCAGCUGCAGCGCUUCGUGUCCACCAUGUCCAAGUACUACAACGACUGCUACGCGGUGCUGCGCGACGCCGACGUCUUCCCCAUCGAGGUGGACCUGGCCCACACCACGCUGGCCUACGGCCUCAGCCAGGAAGAGUUCACGGACGGCGAGGACGAGGAGGACGAGGAGGACGAGGACACGGCGGCCGGGGAGCCGUCCAGGGAUGCGCGAGGGGCCGCUGGGCCCCUGGACAAGGGUGGGAGCUGGUGUGACUCCUGAGCGCCCCCGCGGGCCGCGGACCUGGGGGGUAGGGUGAGGGGAGGACAGUGCGUGGGAGCGGGGGCGGGGCCGCCGCACAGCAGGCGCCGCAUAAAGGCCUGCGGGCUUGGGGCGCCUGCCUCCCUGCUCCUCUGUCCUCGCACAGCGAGCCCGGGCUCCUGCCUGGGAAAGCCCCCGGGCCCGUGGCCUGGAGCCUGGACACCGGCCUCCCCCCUUCCCUCCCCCAGCCAGAUGGGGAGCUCAGCCUCUGGAACUGCCUUAGGAAGGAGAGAGGGGGCAGAAAGGAGGAGUGGUCGGCGGGGGCAGGAAGUCCGAGACCC